UCCGUGGCUGCCCUGCACUGCUUCAGGAGCUGCGUCCCUUCCCCUGCACCCCCGUGCACGCAAGUCUGUGCCCCUGCGAAGUGCCCCACCGUUAGCUCACAUGGUCCUGGCUGCUCCACCGAGGCAGAGACUAGCAAAGAGCCUCCUUCCCUCGACCACCAGGGAGAACCUAACGGAGCUGCGAAGACAUCCCGUCUCCUCCUGAGGGAGAGGCACCACCUCCCCCAGAAGAGCUGGGAAAGCUCUAAGACGAGCCAUGAUGAAGGCGGAGAGUGCCCUGCCCUGCGGUGACACCUCUAUGGCUCUGCGGGUCUCCCAGGGCGGAGGAACAAGCUUGGGUGCCCCACGGGCACGGCGCCGCCGCCGGCGCCCGCGCCCCCGCCCCACGCUCCCUCUUCCCUCCUCUGCCCCCCCUACCCCCCGCGCCGUUGGUUCUGCCCCGCUGUGGUAUGUCCCGGCGAGACGCGGUCCCGUUCUCGCGAGCGCGCAGCCCCGCUCUCGUACAAUCUCGCGCGAUCGGCUGGUUCCGGUCUUUUCGCGUCCAGGGCGGCACUAUGGCGGUGGGCAAGAACAAGCGCCUCACCAAGGGCGGCAAGAAAGGCGCCAAGAAGAAAGUGGUUGAUCCUUUCUCCAAAAAGGACUGGUAUGAUGUCAAAGCACCAGCAAUGUUUAACAUCCGAAACAUUGGGAAGACGCUUGUCACCAGGACUCAAGGAACUAAAAUUGCCUCUGAUGGGCUGAAGGGUCGUGUAUUUGAAGUGAGCCUGGCUGAUCUGCAGAACGAUGAGGUUGCCUUCCGUAAAUUUAAGCUGGUAACUGAGGACGUUCAGGGCAAAAAUUGUCUGACCAACUUCCAUGGAAUGGACCUCACCAGGGAUAAAAUGUGCUCCAUGGUCAAGAAGUGGCAGACAAUGAUUGAAGCCCAUGUAGAUGUCAAAACGACCGAUGGUUACCUGCUGCGCCUCUUCUGUGUGGGUUUCACCAAGAAGCGCAAUAACCAAAUCCGCAAGACCUCGUAUGCCCAGCAUCAGCAGGUGCGGCAGAUCCGCAAGAAAAUGAUGGAAAUCAUGACCCGAGAGGUCCAAACCAACGACCUGAAAGAAGUUGUCAAUAAGCUGAUCCCAGACAGUAUUGGCAAAGACAUAGAGAAGGCCUGUCAGUCCAUUUACCCUCUUCACGAUGUCUAUGUCCGCAAGGUUAAGAUGCUGAAGAAGCCCAAGUUCGAAUUGGGCAAGCUGAUGGAGCUGCAUGGAGAAGGUGGUGGUGCUAGCAAACCCUCCGGGGACGAGGCAGGCACUAAAGUAGAGCGAGCUGAUGGAUACGAGCCGCCCGUGCAAGAGUCUGUCUGAAACUAAAAAAUGAUGGAAAAUAAAAGUUCUUACAUACAGAC